AUAAGAAACAAAAGAUUUGAUAUUAGUUAAGUGAACGACGUGGUGAAGCAAAAGUAAAUAUAGAAAUGAAUAAUUUAAAGGUUUUCGUGAGGGGAAUGUCACAAAUGAAGAAGUGGGAACCUUUGAAACAAGUGGGUGUAGUUGGAGUGCCUUUCGAGAAAGGUCAGAAAAAGUAUGGUGUUAGUAUUGCUCCCGCUGCAAUGAGGUCUGCGGGGCUUAUAGAACAACUUAAGGAAAUUGAUGGCCUCAACGUCAAAGACUAUGGAGAUAUAGAAAUACCAGCAUGUCACGAAAACGCUAAUGUCGAUAACAUGGCGUACCUGUCGCUUGUGUCCGCUUGUAACAAGAGCUUAUCGAGCAAGGUGACACAAGUACUUAGAGAUGGAAGACUCGCUGUAACCAUCGGUGGAGACCAUUCUAUAGGAGUAGGUACCGUGGAUGGGCACUUCAAUGUGAACGAAGAUAUGAUCCUGAUAUGGGUGGACGCGCACGCAGACAUCAAUACAAACAAAACGUCAGAAUCAGGAUCAGUCCACGGCAUGCCUGUGGCGUUGCUUGUUAAGGAACUUUCAGACUAUUGGCCUUACCUGCCUACUAUGGAUUGGCAGGUUCCAAAAUUUUCGAUUAAAAACCUGGGUUACAUCGGUCUGAGGUCCGUAGAUCACUACGAAAGAUUGGCCAUUGAAAAAUAUCACGUGCCUACAUUUGCAAUGGAGGAUAUAGAAGACCAUGGGAUAACAAAAUCAAUAAAUCACAUUCUCCACUUAUUGGACCCAGAAAAGAAGAAACCAAUACAUGUCAGCUUCGAUAUAGAUUCCUUAGACGCGUUGGAAGCACCGAGCACUGGAACAUCAGUGAGAGGAGGCCUAACGUUACGGGAAGCGAUCAAACUGAUGGAGAUUAUUCACUCGACGGGCCGUUUGAGGGCAUUGGACCUCGUUGAAAUAAAUCCGGCAAUUGGAAAUGACUCUGAUAGAAAAAGGACAAUUGAAGCCGGACUUUGUAUUUUGAAGGCUGCUCUCGGAUUUUCCAGGCGAGGGACGACUCCGCGCGGAGUGACCGAUUUGCCCGUUCAAACGCACCAUACUUAAUACUUAUCCACAAUUUUAUAGAAUAUUUCUGUAUCUUUUUAUUU